AUGCAGUUCACCAUCUCCGCCGCUGCCCUCAUGGCCUUCGCCGCCAAGGCCCUCGCCCAGGUCGCCGACUUCGACCCCGUUCUCACUCCCACCAACUGGGAGGAGGUUUCCGCUGGCAAGACCCUCGAGAUCACCUGGCAGGCCAAGCCCAAGUACUCCGGCGAGAAGAUCUCCAUCUCUCUGAUCGGUGGUGCUACUCAGAACACCCAGGUCCCCAUCAAGACCAUUGCCACUGGCAUUGACAACGACGCUGCUUCCUACAGCUGGGCCAUUGACUCCACCCUCGGAGACCAGAACGUCUACGGUCUCGUCCUCAAGCUCGAGAGCAACCCCGAGGUUUUCCAGUACUCUUUCCCCUUCAAGAUUGAGGGUGCCAAGAAGUCCGAGGACAAGCCCUCUUCAACCAAGAACGACUACGAGGUCCCCUCCUCCGUCGCCCCUAAGCCCACCACCAAGGCCGCUUACCCCGUCCCUGAGACCACCGUCGUUGCUGUUUCCGAGACCGUCACCGUCCCUUGCAACAACACUGCUGGCUCUCCCACCACCUUCGUCCCCGUUGUCAAGACCCACUACCCUGCUCCUCCUGCUCCCCCUGCCAACAACGGCACUGCUCCCAACCCUCCCGUCUACACCCACCCUGCUCAGCCUCCUGUUGUUCCUACUCAGCCCGCUGCUCAGCCUCCUGUCUACGGCCAGCCCACCCCUACUCCCGUCCCCGUCUCUGGUGCUGCCCGCUUCGGCGCUCCCAUUGCCGUUGUUGCUGGUCUCGUCAUGGCCGCUUUCGCUCUGUAA